GUCGCGUCUUGAAAGUGAAACGGCAAAGUCAACGGGACGAGAGCUUCAAGCGAGUGGUGACUGAAAACGACGACGUCGCUGACGUAGCUUGUCAAUUAGCAAACAAGCAAACGGAAAGCUUUACGGGCUGUGAUUUUGUACUGAUUCAUUUUGGUAGUUAGCCAAAGCUGAAGCUGAACUUCGUACUUAGACAUGGAUCAAAAGCGAGCCAUGCUCUAUCCACAAGUGGAUUUCAACAUGCCCAGCGCACCGCUGGCGACGCCGACGCCAACGCCAAGCAGCGAACAGACGGCGACCAUUGAGGCGCCGCCAUCGUACGAUGUGGCAAUUGCAGUAAACACUCCCGCCGCUCCAGCGACGAUUGUUAUUGCACAGCCACAGCCGCAGCCACAAUCAGCACAACAACCUCAACAACAGCAACAGCAGCAGCAGCAACAACCUUUAGAGCCCACAUUUGUGCAAACCGCUCCCACAAAUCUGGGCCCGAAUCCCUGCCGUGUGCUGUGCCCAGUCUGCGGUGCCCAGAAGACGACACGCAUGACGUACACACCAAAUGCACGUACUCAUAUGGCUGCUGCACUCAUCUGCCUGGUGGGGUGGUGUGUCUGCGCUUGUUUUGUGCCUUACUGCAUGCGUAGCUGCCGCACGGGCAAUCACUACUGCCGCAAGUGCAACAGCUUCCUGGGCGUCUACAAUCCGCAGGGUGUUAAAUGACGCGGAUUGUACUCGAGAACGCGAUAAACUAAGAUAUGAUAAGCUCACGUGGAUAUAUGUACGUAUUUGCUUAAGCAACGGCUAUCUCAGUUUAAUUGUUACUGUAGCAUCAGCUGUUUGUUUAAUUUUUCCUUUUAGAUAUAUUUUAUAAGAUCUGCAGAUAUAUAAAUGUGUGUGUGUGUACAAAAAAA